AAACUGACUACAAAAUAUCCCAAAUCCAAAACAAAAUGGUUUUAAACAUCAUAAAAGAAAAAACUAAAUAGACACUAUCCGUUAAAACUGUGAAACUGAGAUAGAAGAAGAAGAAGAAGAAGAAGAAGAAUAUGGCGGCUUCUCUCUCUUCUCUCCACCAUCUCUCUUCUUCACUUCUAUCCAUAUCCUCCGCCGUCUCUCUCCGUCCCAUACGAUACAUUCUUCCUCGCCUUUCAUGCUCUCUUUCUUCUUCUUCUUCUUCUUCUCGCGAGUUCAAUAUCUCCUUUGCUCCCGCCAAACCCAAGCCCAAACCCCAACUCGAAGACUCCGACCCUCAACUCUCUGGCGUCGAUGGUCAGCUCUUCAUUCCCUGGAUUGUCCGUGGUGAAGAUGGAAAUCUCAAGUUACAGUCCCAUCCUCCCACGCAUCUCCUCCAGGCCAUGGCCCAUGCCGAGACUAAGACCAAGGCUACCACCGCCGCCGCAAAGAAGAAGAAGAAGGAGACUGUUGCGAAGACGACUGAGCCAAAGCAUUCCAAGGCUUCGCGAAGGUUCUAUAACGAGAAUUUUAAAGACUCUGAACAGAGGCUCAGUAAGGUUCUCGCUGCGGCUGGAGUGGCAUCAAGACGAACCAGUGAAGAACUUAUUUUUGAAGGCAAGGUGACUGUCAAUGGCUCUGUUUGCAAGACUCCUCAGACUCGAGUUGACCCUGCAAGAGAUAUGAUCUAUGUCAAUGGAAAUCGACUUCCCAAGAGGCUACCACCGAAGGUCUAUUUUGCCCUUAACAAGCCAAAAGGGUAUAUUUGCUCUUCUGGAGAGAAAAAGUCUGUUCUGGGUCUAUUUGAGGAUUAUUUAAAGAGCUGGGACAAAAGAUACCCUGGGCAAACCAAACCACGCUUAUUUACUAUUGGUCGGCUUGAUGUUGCUACAACUGGGUUGAUUAUAGUGACCAAUGAUGGAGAUUUUGCUCAGAAACUUUCUCAUCCAUCAUCCAACAUGUCUAAGGAGUAUAUUGCAACAAUUGAAGGCAAAGUUGGCAAGAAGCACUUGAUAGCUAUCAGUGAGGGAACAGUCAUCGAUGGUGUUCGUUGUAUCCCAGAUUCAGUUGAGCUACUACCUGAUCAGCCAGAUAGACCAAGAUCUCGUCUACGUGUAGUGGUUCAUGAUGGAAGGAACCAUGAAGUACGAGAACUUGUGAAAAAUGCUGGACUUGAGAUUCAUGCAUUAAAGCGUGUACGUAUUGGUGGUUACCGGCUUCCAACAGAUCUUGGGCUCGGGAUGCAUAUUGAACUAAAACAAGGUGAUCUAAUGGCUCUUGGUUGGAAGAGUUAGACAAGUUACUGCGUGACUGUUGUUCAGUUUUCUUCAUGUUCCGAUAGCGUCUUUGAAGUGUGCUAUCAGGGAAGUUACCAUUACCUUUGAGUGGGAAUAGAUGAAUUAGAUCUUGCAUCCUCUUGUGGGACAAUAUACGAAUAUCUGAUGUGGGUUCUAUCCCUGUCUACAAGGGUAGUGAAGCUGCUAAAGUCAGUAACAGAGCAAGAGAGGUUCGUUGCGUUUGCAGAGUCUGACAUAAAAUCUGCCUGUGAAAAUUGCUUGGUUGUAAGGUCAAUUGUGUCUCAGUAUUAUACUUCUAUUUUAGUUUUCUGGAUGCUGGUAUAGAUUGACUAUAACUUCUCACCAAAUGAGGCUGUUGCUGAAAGUUCAUAUGUCAUAUGUUAAAUAAGAAAUGAAAAUUUUACCUUAAAUUCAUUGGUUCAAUACCAUAAUAAUAAAAGAAAACACUUUUUUUUGUCA